AUGAUGAAGGGGUUUGGUAUUGCUCUCAUACAAGAACCCUGGGUGUACAGGGGAAAAAUAAUGGGAUUGGGGGGCAUCAGAGGGGAGAUGAUUUAUAACAGAACCUCAGAGAUCCCAAGAAUAUGCAUAAUCAUCCGUAAAGGAAUAAAUAUACUGUCGUUGAGUAAUUUGUGUUCUAGAGACUUGACGCCAGUCAAAAUGAAGACGGCUGGCGGGGGCGGACCUGAGGAAAUCAUCAUUGGAUCAGCAUACCUCCCUUACGACAGUCCGGAACCACCACCAACCAGGGAAAUGGAGGAUUUGGUUAGGGCCUGCCAAGCAGAGGGACUACAAUUUAUAAUUGGCUGUGAUGCCAAUGCACACCACCUAACCUGGGGAAGCACAAACACCAAUGUAAGAGGUGAGCACUUACUACAGGUUAUCAUGGCAAACAACUUGGAUAUUUCAAACAUAGGCAAUAAACCUACUUUCGUAAAUGCGAGACGUAGUGAAGUGAUAAACGUAACGAUAGGAACUACAUUUGUAAGUAACUAUGUUCGGAAAUGGAAUAUGUCCGAUGAGGAAAGUUGUUCAGACCAUCGACACAUAAACUUUGAAAUCAGAGGGAUUCAGACCUCGAUACUAACAUAUCAAAAUCCCCGGAAAACAAACUGGGGAGCCUAUACGGUGGACCUGGAAAUCUGUUUAGACCGCAUGGAUUUUGACAAAAGAGAUUCCAUAGACCUAGAGUUGCCAGCAGAUCGAUUACAGGGAGCUAUCAUCUCUACGUACAACGAACAUUGUCACAUAGUAAAUCAGAUAUUACACAGGAAUGUGCCCUCGUGGAAUGAAGAUCUGGCGAGGAUGAGACAAAAAACUAGGGACCAUGGGACCAAUACAGAAGGGCCCUAA